AUGUGUCGCCGAAUUGCCGAAGGAACACGGUGGUCAAAAUGUGGACAUUUCCAACGUCACCUCGUCGUGGCCAUCAUGGACUGCAACUCUAGCCACUGCGAGCGCAGCAUCCUGCACCCCAAAAGUUGCAAAGACCCCAAUUGCGUGAAGAACUUCGGUGCAGAAGUGCAAAAAGACAUAGACACCGUCAAAGACGAGUGCUUCCAAUGUCGAGCAGCAGCCGCGCGCACACUGCCUUCCUGA